CAGCUGACCAUUCAGACAACAUGCAGUGGUUGAAAGAAGAUGAAUUUGAUAUUAAAGUGUUUUGUGUUGAGUGUAGUCGUGAUACGAUAUGGUCGAGCGGACUUUCGAAUGUUUUUCAAUCUGGAACAAGUUAAAGAAUACUUCAGAAAUGACUCGAGCUUGUUGGCCAACGACAUCCUGUACACUUUCGAACACGAAUGUUGCUCCAUGGAGGAGAAGUCCAUUUCGAAGGACCGCAGGCCUUUCAUUGUUGUGGAGGGAAAUCACAGGAAAAGCCGUAACGUGAUUGGCAUGAGGGUAGCUCGUCUCAUGAGGGGAAGAUACUUGGUCCAUCCAUCACAUUGUCUGCAAGGAUUCGCCAACCAAUUGCCCAGAGGCACUAUGUUUCGUCGUGCCUUCUACCUACUUUCCAUGUAUGCCAUCUCGUACGACGUUAAGUUUCAUCUGGCUCUGGGAAGAGCUGUGGUUGUUAAUGGGUAUUGGUGGGACAUGCUGACAUUUGCCCUAGUCCAAGGAUACACCGCCGAAGACGCCCCUGACGUCACCGCACCUGAUCUUCAAAUACCAGCUGACCUCUUUCGCCCGGAUAUAAUCUUCUUCCUUAACUUUCCAGACAACCUCCACUUCAAUCAAGUUACCACUCGGAGUCCUGUCACCUGGAAACCAAGGGUUCUGAAGAUGUACAGAGAUCUCCAAGAUAAAGGAGAGCCGGUGUCAGUGUUGAAUCUGAAGGGACUGUACCGACCCACUAUAGACGCUGUGUACGAGACUGUACUGAGAAAUCUAUCUGGCACCAGGGACGUAUGGUUCGAAGAUGGAAGAGUUAAGUUUGACUACGAUGGUGAAGGGAAAGAUGAAGAGUGACUAAAGAAACUUCACGAACCACUAUAGAGACCAUUCACUUGACUAUACAAUUCAUCUUGCAUCAAAAAUCUUAGUUCAGUGGUAAAAAUAUUAAUUGAAAAUUGUAAAGCUUUAAAAAUACUAAUAACAUUGCAAAAUAAAAUUCUUAGGAACGAAACUGCUUAGAAUAAUCCUUCCAUGCUUGGAAGGUGAAUCAAAAUAAAC